UAUCCUCAAAUCAUCACCAAUCAUACAACCAUAUCAUCUCCAAUACAACUCAAUGAAAACACUCAUCUUCUCAUUAUGUAUCCUUCUCCUCAACCUCACUCCUACAAUCAUUUCAUCAUCAACUCCAUUUCCACCCGAAUCAAGACCCACUAAAUCGGGUUACUUGAUUGUAAACUCAACUUCCAAAUCCUCAAUUUACUACACUUACUAUGAAGCCCAACAACCCAUUAUUUCACCCCUCUCAAAAACCCCACUUCUAAUAUGGCUCCAAGGAGGUCCUGGAUGUUCUUCCAUGGUGGGUAACUUCUACGAACUCGGCCCGUACCGGGUUAACCAUAAACUUGAGCUAGAGAAAAACCAUGGAUCAUGGAACCGGGUUUUCGGGCUUUUGUUUUUGGAUAAUCCAAUUGGAACCGGGUUCAGCAUUGCUGCUUCACAAAAUGAGAUUCCAAGAGAUCAACAUGGUGUAGCCAAACACCUUUUCUUGGCCAUUAAGUCAUUUAUUGCAUUGGAUAAACCAUUGUUUGGAACCCGACCCGUUUACAUCACGGGUGAAAGUUAUGCAGGGAAGUAUGGUCCAGCAAUUGGGUAUUACAUAAUAAGGAGAAACAGUGAGGUCCAAGAAUCUGAUCGGGUUAAUUUAGGUGGGGUUGCAAUUGGGAAUGGGUUAACUGACCCGAUAACCCAAGUGAUGACCCAUGGGUUGAAUGCUUACUAUAGUGGGUUAGUGAAUGAAAAACAGAGAAGGAAGUUGGAGGAAGCUCAAAGGGAGGUAGUUAAGUUAGUUAAGGAGGAGAAGUGGAGUGAGGCAACUGAUUCUAGGAAUGCACUACUGAAUGAGCUACAAAAGAUGACAGGUUUGGCUACUUUGUAUGACAUGACAAGGAAAACACCCUAUGAGUCCUACUUAGUAGAGAGAUUCUUGAGUAAUCCAGAGGUGAAAGCAGUGUUAAAAGUGAAUAGAACAAUCAUUUGGGAGGAAUGUAGCGAUGCAGUGAGCGAGGUUUUACACGAAGAUGUGAUGAAGAGUGUUAAGUUUAUGGUGGAAUUUUUGUUGCAGAAGAAGAGCAAAGUGUUGUUAUAUCAGGGGCAAAGGGACCUCAGAGACGGGGUGGUUUCGGUUGAAGCUUGGAUGAAGAAGCUUAAGUGGGAAGGGAUUGACAAGUUUGAGGAUCAAGAAAGGAAAGUGUGGAAAGUUAAAGGGGAAGUUGCUGGUUAUGUGCAGAAAUGGGGGAGUUUGACUCUUGCUGUAGUUUUGGGUGCAGGACAUUUUGUGCCUACUGAUCAGCCUGUGAAUUCUCAGGUCAUGAUCGAAGAUUGGGUGCUCGAAAGAGGAGAUUUUGCGAAUGAAGAAACCGAGGUUUCUCCAAGAAAUCCCAAGAAUUUUGUUUGAGAAUGAUCAUAUUCUUAGGAAUUUAUCUGUGAAUUUCAGUCCUGGGUUUAAAGGUAUAACAAAUAACAGUUGUGUUGUUCAUGCUUCAGAUUUGUCAGAAAGAUAUGUAAAUGUAUCACUUUCUUCGAUUGGAUUCGAGGUUAUAAUGUAUUACUUUUCAGUUUUCACACGAAUCCUCUGUAUAUAGAACUAGUUAAAAUAAAGUACUCGAAUUAGAUUGUAUUAGGGGUUAUGAUGUAUUACUUUUUACACGCA